AUGCUGGUCACCGGCAGCGAGUCGCCGGUCGUGGUGGUCCUCAGCGGCAGCAUGGAGCCCGGCUUCCACCGCGGCGACAUCCUAUUCCUAAACCUCGGCAAGGCGCCGGCGCGGACGGGCGAGAUCGUGGUUUUCAACCUCGACGGGCGCGAUAUCCCGAUCGUGCACCGGGUGAUCAAGGGGGACAACAACCACAUGGACGACCGCCUGCUGUACAACCGCGGCCAGGAGUGGCUGCACAUGCACCACAUCGUGGGCCGCGCGGUCGGCUUCCUGCCCCACGUGGGCAUGGUGACCAUCCUAAUGAACGACUACCCCUGGCUCAAGGUCGCGCUCAUAGCCGUGCUGGGGCUGCUCGUCGUCACCAGCAAGGAGUGA